AAAAUAAACUAACAUAAGGACUUCAUGAAUGACCAAGAGACAAACUACAUGAUAUCAAGAAAAGUGGUUGCUACCAGGAAGACAUGCGUCGAAAGAGGUCGGAGCUCAAAGUGCCAGCGGCAGCAGAACCGAAGUGACUAGGGAUCCAGGAAACUCAAGGCGGUCUGUGCUGACCCGAUUUGCGCUAAGGCGCUGGGGAGCAAAGACCAAUGAGUUUAUCAGGUAACAGGGUACAAAAUGUCGCGACGAAAAGUGUUAAGUGUAAAGUGGACUUUAGUAGUGUUAGUGUAUGUGUGCGCUUGCGCGCUUGCACGGCCGCAGGAGGCUGCCAGUGUGUCUAGUGACAAACCAACAGACAAACCAACCAGGACUGAAGCACCAGCCGUUACGGAGAUACCAGCCAGCAUACCGACAAACGUGACUGAUGCCAACUCCUCGAGAAAUGUCAAGUCAAAGACUGCUGCCAUCGGUGACUCCAUCAAAAUGGUUGCCAACCAACUGCUGGACUCUAACACUACCGUUGAAACCACUCUGGUGGCAGACACAAGAGUGCCACCCAAAGUGAAGAACCAAGUGAACAAACAGAAAGUCAAGACCAGAAAUGAAGACACUGAAGUUGAAAACUCACAUGUAGGAGUUGCUGUUCCUGUUUCAAUGGAGGAACUUGAAAUGGAAAACAAGAUUAAAGAUAUCUCUAGUGAAUCAUCUACAUCUAAUCAGGGUAUUUCUACUUGGAUUCUUUUAAGCAAUCCUACUCCUAAAGAUAAUGUUUCAUCUUCUACAACUGAACCAACCAAGCCAGAAGAGCCCCAAAAGAAGCAAAAGCCUAAUCAGAAUAAAAACAAAACUAAGCGGCCUCAACAGAAACCGACAACUAAACGUCCCCUUGUUGCCAGCGCAAAUAAAUCUGACUUAGUCGCCGGUGGAUCAGCUAUAAACGAUAAUGUUCUAAAUAAACUGAAAGACACAGUGUUGUCAAAUGUACAGAAAAACAAAAACACUGUAACUCAAAAAACUACAACUACUGUAACUACUACCACUACCACCACAACAGCUGCUCCUGAAAUCACAACAAAAAAAGAAGAACUGACCAAAACACCAGUUGCAGUUGUUCCAGUUGUCAAAGUUACGUCAAAACCAACCAAAAAGAAGAACAAGUUGAAAAAUAAAGGGACCACCACGACAACUACCGAAGCUCCCAUCGUUCAUGAAUCUGCAAUGCUGCCAAUGGAAGCCAAGGAACAAGAAAUUGAAUUAGAAAUUAGUACACCUGCCUCGUCUACAAAGAAACCUAAACGUAGCUCUACUAAACGUAAGAAGAACAAGACUAAGAAGCGUAAAACUUCAGUUACCAAACAGGAAGUGGCUAGUAUUCCCGAAGUAAAGAAACCUGAGAAAACCGAGUUAAAAGCUCCAAGCAAAACUAAAAAAACGAAUAAGAAUGAGAAAAAACCAGAAAAUCCCAUUUCUACGCAGAUAUUCAGCUACCUCUCCAGGGAAGUUAUGCCAUCAGUCGGUGUGGGAGUUAUUGGAUUGGCAGGUUUAGUUGGGAUUGCAAGCUACUUCCUCUAUCCAUUUGCCACACCAGUAAGACGUACUUUUGAAGUUGAUAAGAAAGAUGAUUUAUACAGACAUAAUGCUGAAGAAUAUGCCAGUGAAGGCAAUGGUCAGGCUGAAGAAGACAUGCUUGGAACUGUAUUAGCAGGUAUGCCUGCUCACUCUAAACAUAAAUUGAACCCUUACAUCGGUCAAAUGGCUAACGCUAACAGAUAUCCGGCAAAGAAGGAACAAGACAUAAAAUAUCGUCAUGUAGCAUCCAGCUAUGACUCUCCUAAUUUCAAUUCCCAUUAUCCUCAGCAAAAAACUGGCAUAGCUCACGGUGCUGUAUAUUCUGAGCCAGCAAAAUAUAAUCCUCACCCAUAUGAAACAAGACACGUGUAUACUACGGAAAGCAAGUACGCUUAUGAUAACACUGGAUACACUCCUUACCCUGCCGUGGAACCGAUAUACGCUGCGCCACAAACUGCCCCAUCAGCGGCAGCAUCUGGUUACGGAAACGAUGCAUCGAAUUCAGUCGUGUACGGAGUAAAACCUUCGGCUGAGACGGAUUUCAAGCCAGUGUAUCCGUUCGAAGGACAAGUUUUUAGUGAAACCACCAAUAGUCCCAUUACGUAUCCUCCAACAUCUAUGUAUUUAGGAUCAAACAAUGAAGCUGAACAACAACAACAACAACAACAACAGCAGCAGCAACAACAACAACAACAACAGCAACAACAACAACAACAGUAUCGCCAGCAACAACAACAACAGUAUCAGCAAGAACAACAACAACAGCAGCAACAGGAAGAAGAUGAUGAUCAAAAAUAUGAUGACGAGGAUCAAAACAACGAAACUGUUGACAAUAAGUUUGUUGUAGGAAAUGUUCCUAAAGAGCUAGUAGACUCCGCCACCCCUGCUGUAGUUCCAGAGCAUGGGCCAAGAAAUUUAAAUAGAAAACGUCGUAGUAUAGUGGAAGAGAUAUUGAAAGCUGCUAAAGCUGAUAACAAAGACAUUUUUAUAAGCAAUGAGAUUGACGAACCUCUCGGUUCACCUUACAUAAACUUAGCAUCAAUGGAUGAUUCAAUUCCAUCUUUUUCUCCUUCUAUUACACCAGUAGAAGAUAACACAAAGGGAGAAGAUAAACCUACUAUUAUACCAGUGUAUGCUGUAUCAAUGGAUUCAACUACAGAAGAAGAUAAAGCAACUUCCACUGAUAUACCAUAUACAACCAGUGAAGACCAUAUCAUUGAAAGUGUAUCAACUGUACCGUUUGAUACCAACAAAUCUGACAAGACCACGGAAGGCGACGCAUCAAACGAGUUGGAAUUCACAACGAAAUCGUUCAGAGUUUACGAAGUCUUUUCAAGCCCUUCCACACUGCCCAAUGAAGAAAGCAGUCCUUUGGUAAAAGAUUUGACUAAACUAGUGGAAACAACUACUCAAGCCAAACUUAACACCGAAACUACAACAGAGUCUGUUAAAUCUGAGACAACAUCCACAAUGCCUUCUUUAGAAACCAAAGGCACUGAACCUACGAUAGUUUCCACUCUUCAACCUAAACCAGUUCAACCUACCAACAACCCAAAUGUAAUCACAUACCCACCCAGCAACGGAGAUGGUAGUUUCUUCACCUUCUUGAAAAGAAUAGUUGAGUUCAAAUACCGUCUUGGACUAAGCAUUUUGCAGACAACUUCAGACUCUCUGAACAGGUAUCUUCGUAGUAUGGACAGUGCUGUGCAGAAAAUGGCAAAAGCGUCACACGCAUAAUUAAAUUAAAUUAUUUAUCAAAUAAGUUCGACGUGCUCCCAGAAAUGCGUUAGAAUGUAGGUAUAGACAGUUACAUUUGAGUUUUUCAUGAAGCUCUUCAAUUUCAAUGUGAUAAAGUUACAGAAAAUUAUAUCAAAUCACAGUAUUUCAGAUUUCUUUCUCAUAAAUAAUUUUUCAUCAACAUUAAAUUGCUAUAAUAAUAAGUGAAAAUUCCAGAUAGAUUUUUAAGUUGUAUGUAAGAAUUGUAUGGUUGUGUGUGUGUUGUCGGAAAUUAUAUUUUCAGGACGUUAUCCUCGACUCUUUAAAUAGAUUUUGAGGGAAACCUGCUGAAUGUAUAUUGUGAUAAUGGCUAUAGAUACAGCCAGGUUUAAUUUAAGUUAUGCUUAGUUAUAACUCCCAAUAGAAUAUUUUUAUAUGAUUAUACGCCUGUAUUCUUAAACUUACUUACUAAAAUGUAAAUAUUGAUCAAAAUAUAUGUAUUUAUAAGUUU